AUGAGCUUGUCAUCAUCAUCAAUCUCAUCCUCAUUCAUCCUCCCAGAUAGCCCACCCGCACAUGAGCGUAUCUUCAACUACUGGCAGCAGAAAGCUGCCCUCGCUGCCGACGCCUCCGCUGCUGCACCCGCUCCUUCUCCACUCACCAUGGAACCACCAUCGCCUGGGGAGAUCGUACUGGGUGACAGUCCAGUUCAACACUUGGCUCCACCUGCUACCUGGGCACCAUGGUGUGCGGUGCUGACAACGCUGAGCAACAACAUCAAGCAGAAGCAGGGGAAGAGGAGGUUGGUGUUUGACGAGGCUGAGGUUAGCGGGGAUGAGGACGAGACAAUCUUCUCACAAACAAAGAAACGUGCUGCAGUGGAGGACAGCUCAUCACUUGUCCCCUUCAUGAAGGAGGUGCAACGGGCAGAGGAGGAGGAUGAGGGGGGUAAGAUGGACUUUGUUCAUCUCAUCAAUCGGCCCGCGCCCAAACCCUGGGUGCCACUAAGAGAGUUGAAAGAGGAUGUACCCUACCCCAUCAUCAGUGUGAGGGAGGACAGCAAUGAACAUGGGCGACGUGUUAUUUCGAAAACUAGGAGUGUAGGAAGCAAAUUGCAGUGUGAGAAAAAGAAGGCGCUAAGCAAUGCUGAUGAAAAGAGACAUAUAUUGGAUGAUGACUUCCACCUUGUGGGCUACUAG